CCUCCAAAUCCUUCAUUUUUCAGAGCUAAUCUACGCGUAUAAAUUAUAACCAAAGUAUUCAUUCGCAUUAAUCAAAUCAACCAAUCCUUGCAAUACAACCAACAGGAGCAAAACAUGGACAAAUUUUUCCUUGUUUCUUUACUCGCUUUGCUCAUUGCAGCUCAUGGAGUUGCAGGAAGCAUGACGUGUGGCAGCAUUGGCAUGCUUGAAGAACUUAAAAGCUUGGAGUCCUUUGACAUAGAAGAAGAAACUGAGGUAGAAGAACUUUCUGACAUCCCUUCAUGGAGAAGCGAGCAUGGUGGUAAAGUUCUUGUUAAUAUUGAUAGCUUUGGUGCUGCUGGUGAUGGAGAAUCUGAUGAUACUGAGGCUUUGCAAAAAGCAUGGGGAGUUGCAUGCUCUACACCAAAAUCUGUUUUGUUAAUUCCUCAAGAUCGCCGUUACCUAGUCAAUGCAACAAAAUUCAGAGGGCCUUGUGCAGACAAGCUCACCAUCCAGAUUGACGGUACAUUGGUUGCCCCAGAUGAGCCUAAGAACUGGGAUCCAAAACUUCCACGGGUUUGGCUUGAUUUUUCCAAAUUGGAUAAAGCUGUUUUCCAAGGUUCUGGAGUUAUUGAUGGCUCAGGAAGUAAAUGGUGGGCAGCAUCUUGCAAAAAGAACAAAUCAAAUCCUUGCAAAGGUGCACCAACAGCGUUUACGAUUGAUACAAGUACAUCCAUAAAGGUUAAAGGACUGACAAUCCAGAAUAGCCAACAGAUGCAUUUUACCAUAUCACGAUGUGAUUCGGUUAGAAUUAAUGGAGUUAAAGUGUCAGCACCUGGAGACAGUCCAAACACUGAUGGAAUUCAUAUUAGUGAAUCAACAAAUGUCAUAAUCCAAGACAGUAAAAUUGGAACAGGGGAUGAUUGCAUAUCGAUUGUCAAUGCCAGCUCUAAUAUCAAAAUGAAGAGAAUUUAUUGUGGACCAGGACAUGGAAUCAGCAUUGGAAGUCUUGGGAAAGACAACUCAACUGGCAUCGUCACGAAAGUGAUUUUGGAUACAGCAGUUCUUAGGGAGACUACCAAUGGUCUCAGGAUUAAGACUUGGCAGGGAGGUUCUGGAUACGUUCGAGGCGUGCGUUUUCAGAAUGUGAGAGUUGAAAAUGUGUCCAACCCCAUUCUCAUAGACCAAUUUUACUGUGAUUCACCAUCCACUUGUCCCAACCAGACAUCAGCUGUGGAGAUAAGCGAGGUGAUGUACCAGAACAUUAGUGGCACUACAAUUAGUGCUAAGGCCAUUAAAUUUGACUGCAGUGACACAACCCCCUGCAGCAAUCUAGUCCUCAGCAACGUUGACUUAGAUAAACAAGAUGGCACUGUUGAAACUUAUUGUCACUCGGCUCAAGGCUUUCCCUAUGGGGUGGUGCACCCUUCUGCCGAUUGUCUCAGUUCCACCGACAAAAUCUCUCAAGUUGCAGACUCAACUAUGGAGGAGGAUAUUCCUCACACCGAACUAUAAAUUUCGUAUCAACCUCUCUAAACAUGCAUUAUACUGUAACCCUUUUAUUCUUAUAAUUUUAUGUCAUAUGGGGUACGUAAGAGGCUUGUUUUAUGUCACGUAGCAGUAGUAUAUGUGGAGGAGGCUUGAGGUGAGAUCAUAGACAAAUCAAGGGAUGUACUGGUUAUUAAAUAAUUAGACAUUAUAACAAAAUUGAUUCCUAAGAGACAUCGAAUUUAUAAUAUUGAUUGACAUUUUAUCUUAA